AUGUCAAAUCAAGAUAUUAAUCAAGUGGGAUUCAUCAAUAUGAUGUGUAUUCGCACGUUUCUUGUGUUGUUCAUGGUUUACACCUCUUUUCACGUAGUUUUCAUCGUUGAUGUCCCUCACCUACCCAAAAAGCAAGGCCUCAUGAGAAGAAAUUUUCUACUGCAGAACCAGCGAAUAUCGACAGCAAGAGCGAAACCGAAAGUGACAGGCAAAGUCAUCUUUAAUGAGAUCUCGCUGAGGGAACCGUCGACCAUGAAGGAAGGUUGGAUGUGGAUCGCUUUGAAUGACGUUGAACUUGCCAAGGCUUGUGGGGUGAUGCUCCUGGACUAUGUCGUCAUGAAUCAAAGUCGCGUGAACGCAAACCAAUCUUCCAGCCCGCUUCUCUUGUCUCACUUGUUUCCGUCGAGCAUUUAUCGUGCUGGGAAGGCAAAAAUCAAAAAUGUUUGUGCAGUGAAAGUGGAUAUGAAGGAUGCGGUUGCGUCACGAAAACAGUUUCACACGCUGAGGGAGAAGAUUAGUGAAACUUUCUUUCCCAACAAAGAUUUUGUGAAGGCAGUAUGUAAGAGGAUACAUGCUUGCUCGGGUAACCAGGUGAUGUUGAAGUAUAUGUCAUGGGGACACGCCAUGGCUCCGGUCAGGUUUGAUUUGACGAUGAGCAGUUGGAUUCAGAAAGCUUCGUCACGAUACUUGGAUGGGAUGGGAUUGCAGCUAUCAAAACCUUUUCACUGCUUUCUUUCCCUCAGCGGCACAGAAUGCGACGAGUUUCAUUCCUUCACCGAAUGCAUGUUGCUUGUUUCUCAAAGACUUCGCAGCAUUCAUGGCGAUUUCCCAAUCAUCGUUCAAAACGCGUUGCAUCCAAACCUUCGAGAGGUAGGGGUGUUAAAGGCUCAAAGAAUCUUCUUGAUGCCGAUCGAGCAUGACCCGUUGCCGGACGUAUUUCGACCCUUGUCGCUCGUUCACAUUUGCAGUCGUGCGACCUCCAUCGUGCAUCAUGGAAAAACUGCUGACAUCUACGCUACUAUCGUGCAGGCAGGAAGAAACACAACCAAAGAUAUGGUUGUGCAAAGUUUGCUGCCCAACGCCUGUGAUCGUCAGCAGAUUGACCUAGCCUUGCAAGUCGAGACUUCGAUCAACAGCCUCGCAAACAUUUUGAAGCAAAAUGGUGAGAAGAUGUGUAUUCUACAUCGCUGCAAUGCGUCUCGGAGCAAGUUUGAAAGAUCGGAGUCGAUUCUGCACAAGAAGAAGCGUCGAAGAACAAUCAUCAUCAACUUACCUCGACGAGCAGACAAGAAAGCUUCCAUGAGGCACAAGAUGUCCGAGAUUGGCCUGACCGACUUCGAAUUCUUCGACGCAGUGGACUGCAAGGCAAGUCAAGAGUGCUUAUCUCUCUUCCAAGAGCUCUGGAGGGUUCUUAAAUUCCGCAUUCCUGGCCCAAACUUUCCCUCCAAGGGAGCUCUUGGCCUCCUCAUGACUCACUUCAAGUUGUUCGAGAAGUUGCUGCGGGAGGACGUCGACGAGGUGCUUCUCCUGGAGGAUGACGUCUAUUUCAUCCAUGACGCUGCUCACUACCUGCAUAACAAUCGAUCUCUCCCGCAUGCUCUUCAGUUUGCUCCCAUGUACUACCUGGGUGCCAACCAGUUGUUCUGGACGCAGACUCAGAAGCAUGCUAUCAAGCAGGGAGGGAAGGGCUUCAGAUUUUAUUUCACCGAGACAGCUUCCUGGGACACUUAUCUUCGACGCCAGGUGGGGAUGAGCAACACGUCGCUCUAUGACCAGACUCUCUACACCUACGGCACUUACUCCAUCGUGCUCAAGCGCCCCAUGAUCAAGCUUCUCUACCAGUGGACCAGCUGGACCCUCCAGCACCCGCGGUACCUCAUCCCCGCUGACGCCUUGUGGAACUGGAUCAUGGUGUGUGCGGGCUGGCGGGCUCCGGUGGUCUUUCCCAACGUGAUUCUCCCGGAAGUUCGCGACUCUGACAACCUCGGGCCUCUGGAGAUGAACAAGUUCGCGAAGCCGAGGUUCCUGCAGUACGAGAUGAUUGCCAAGGAGAGGAUGGCGCUCUACGAGGCCUUCCUCAGGCUCGGAAGGGACUUGAAAACUUCUUCUCCCUCCCAGAUGUGGGGGGCUGAGGGCCUGCUGGGGCACAACCUGAGUCACUUGCACGCUGUGGCUGGGAGUUAUGUCCGACAAACCUCUCUCUUCGUGGUCUUCAUCUACGCAUUCAACGUGGAGAGUGACAUCAAACGAGUCGUUGACUCUGUCUGCUCUCAAGUGUUUCCCUUCGUACGAGUCAUUCUGUACGAUGACAAGUCCUCCGACCAGACGGCUCAGGUUGCGCUCGCUGCUCUGCAGAGUGUCAAGGUCUGCAGUCAAAAGGCCAUGAUGCUCAACGCAACGGUGAGACGAGGAAAGGCUUUUGCUCGCCGAGCAGUGCUGCAGCAUGUUCAUGAUGAGGAGAUGGUGGUGUUUCUAGACGGGAAGGUUGCGUUGGAGGAUGAUAUGGUGCUGCAUCAUGUUGAUCAGCUGCUGUUUGAAUCCGCCGCGUCACUUGUGUUCGGCAAGACUUCUCGUGUGCGGCUGAUGGGAAAUGUCACAGAGAAGUUGUCAACGACGGAGUGUUCCUUUCCUCCGUCUCGCAAAGACGUCAAGAUUCAUCACCAUCCUAUCGCCAGGGCGAAGUUUCUCAAGCGCUUGCCUGAUGCGGUUUUCAAAGACUGGAAAUGCCGUUGGCUAGAGAGGAUGCUUGAUCUGUCCCUGUCCCUGUCGCUGCUUGAUUCGAAAGAUGCAAGAAUGACAAAGAGCGAGAACGUUUUGUUCUCUAGGAAUGUUAUUCCGCUUGGAAAGAACCCGAGCAAGAGUGAAGUUGAGAUUGAGCAUUGGGUCCGGGGGCUUUCUUCGCAGGAUGGUCUAUCUUUCUUUGAUCAUAUGAGAUCAGGAAGAUGUGCUGAGGUGAAAGAAGGUAGCAAUCGAUCCGCGUGA